UUUUAUUUUAAACACAGGAAGUUCCUUUUUGUGUUCUCAGUUAAAAAUCACUGUCAUGGCAAGGUCGGGUAAACAGCUUGGCAACCAACAUGCAGACGUUACAAGCUCGAAACGGUUUAACAGCUAGGUAGCUAACUAGUUAGUUCUUAACGGGGUUGUUAUAAAAGGGUAUCGAGCAGAAAUGGACACAGGAGGAUUCCAGGCACAAAACACGCGACGGAGGGACCUCCCGCCUCUUCCACAGCGUGGACAGCGUGCCCUGCCCCCCAUGUCAAGUCAAGAUACAGGUGAUGAGAUGCCGGUCCCUAAAAGCAAGAGGAAAAAGUCAAAGAGUCAGGUGGAUGGUGUUGAAAGCCCAGAGGCAGACCCAGGGGUGGAGAUGGCCCAGAUGGGGGGCCUGAGCAGUCGUAGGUCAUCUGAGGUCAUCCAGGCCUUGACCCCCGAGUCGCAGGAAGCUGCACCACAGAGAAGGAAGAAGAAGAAAAAGGCAGCGACCGUAGACCUGGAGGAUGACCAGGCUAACCUGGUGAACGGGGAUGGACUGGUCCAGAACACGGCAGGGGAAGAAGUGACCAAAAAACCCAAGAGGAAGAAGAAGUCGAAAGUGUCCGAGUACGUCAACGAGCUUGAUGUCGAGGACGAUGACAUCAUCACAGACGCUCAGCCACCCAUCCCCCAGCAUUCCCUGUUCUCUGCUCCCCUGGGACAGAGCCAGCCUGUGGGGAAGGUGUUUGUCGAGAGGAGCAAGAGGUUUCAAGCGGCCGAUCGGUCAGACAGACCGAAGCCCAGCGAUCAGGUGGACAACUUCGUGGACAUCCAGCAGAUGUGGACCACCAAGGAUGUGUCUGUUAGGGUACAUGGUGGCUUCAGGGGGAUUGGGCUGUUCUGCCACGGCUUCCUAGCAGGCUAUGCAGUGUGGAACAUCAUAGUGAUCUAUGCCCUGGCAGGAAAACAUCUCACUACUCUGCCUAACCUACUGCAGCAGUACCACAGCCUGGCCUACCCUGCACAGUCUCUCUUCUACCUGCUACUGGCUAUAAGCACGGUGUCAGCCUUUGACAGGGUGAAUCUGGCCAAAGGCGCCAUGGCUAUGAGAGAGUUUGUCACCCUGGACCCAGUUGCUCUAGCCUCUUUCUUGUACUUCUCAGCUCUGGUCCUCUCUCUCAGCCAGCAGAUGACCAGUGACCGCAUCAACCUGUACCCCAGUGCUAACGAGACCUUAUGGCCUCCUGGGUCAGAGCAACAGAUCCUGAACCCGUGGAUCAUAGUGAACCUGGUGGUGGCUGUGCUGGUGGGAAUGGCCUGGAUCUUCAUCUCCGCCAGGCCUGAGAUGGAUUACACCGAAGGGUUCCUAAUGGCUAUGGAGAUCGAGUCCUUGAGACCAGAGGAGAAAUCAGAAAUGUCUACUUGAGGAAUAUUUGUUUAAAUUUUUGCACGCACAUCUUUUUUUGUACCGUAUUUUAUCAGCCAACACAAAAUGUACAUGUUGUUUGUGGCAAUAAUCAGUUUAUUUUUGUAUGACCCGAAUGUGUGCUUGUUUUGUCAAAUGUAUUGGUUACCAUUGGAAAUAAUAAAAAUGUUAUCCCACUGA